CGUGAAUCCCUCGGCUGCACAACAACCACCGAUAUCAACACAUUCUCCACUCUUCGUGCGCAUUCCUCGGUGAUAAGGUCGCGGGACCCAUACGAAGCUACAUGCAGUAUUUGCGCAAGCUCUCUGUACAAUGUCGGCCCUUAAAUCGCAAAGAAGCAGCGCUGAGGUGAGGAAGAGCGAGGAUGUAGUGAGCAAAGCAGUACACUAUCCGUUCUGGUUUGGAGGGAGCGCGAGUUGCUGUGCGACGCUGUUUACACAUCCGCUGGAUCUUGGUAAGACCAAUUUGUUCUGUUUAGUUCGGUUACAAACACAAGCGCCUGGCGGCGUGAAAUUGAACAUGUCGCAAAUGUUUGCGCAUAUUGCAAAGACCGACGGCAUGGGCGGUUUGUACCGCGGCCUCUCCGCCGCCCAGCUCCGCCAAAUAACAUACUCCAUGACACGAUUUGGCGUGUACGAAACGCUCAAAGACCGCUUCACCACCUCUGACACCAAACCCUCCUUCCUGACCCUCGUCGGCAUGGCCUCGAUAUCCGGCUUCCUGGGCGGCUUCGCAGGCAACCCGGGUGACAUUCUCAACGUACGAAUGCAGCACGACUCAGCGCUGCCGCCCGAGAAGCGACGCAACUACAAGCACGCGCUCAACGGCGUGGUGCGCAUGGCGCGCGAAGAAGGCGUCGCGUCGCUGUGGAAAGGCGUGUGGCCAAACAGCGCGCGCGCGGUGCUAAUGACGGUGGGCCAGCUGGCGACCUACGAUGGGUUCAAGGGCAUGCUGCUGGCGCACACGCCGCUGCAAGAUAACCUGACAACGCACUUCACGGCGUCGUUCAUGGCGGGCUUUGUCGCGACGACGAUCUGCAGCCCCGUCGAUGUCAUCAAGACGCGCGUCAUGAGCUCACAUGUGAAGGAGGGCGUUGUCAAGCUGGUCACGGAUAUCACGCGGCAAGAGGGCCUGCGGUGGAUGUUCAAGGGCUGGGUGCCGAGUUUCAUACGGGUUGGGCCACAUACGGUGCUCACCUUCCUUUUCCUCGAGCAGCAUAAAAAAUAUUACAGGCAGUUCAAGGGUAUGGAGUAAGGAAUUGCAUUGGGAUGACUGGUUUGAAGACAAAAGGAGAGAUGUUUGCUUUCGAGUAUACAUAUUAUCAGAUAUCAGUGCGCAGGUGCGCAUAUAGCAUAUGCUGGCGUUUGGCGAGGUUUGUUAGCGAGCAUUUGAUCAAACGAGAUCAGUUGAUACAAAAAAUGAAGGAGAAGAUGCCUCAUCAUGUUCGUGCCUACGACAUGGUGUAUGAUGUUGACUGCGCAGGAUAUCAAGGCCAAAUACCGACUCGUGCACAAAUAUUGCCUGCCGCUGCGCAAGCAUGUAUCAGUUGGCAUAGCGAUCAGAGCAAGAAUAUGGGAAUUCAGAAAGUGAUCUUUUCG